GGGUUCUGGGUUGCAGGCUCCGGGCCGGGCUUGUACAUCCUGCCAUCCACCGUGGGCUUCGUCCACCAUGACUGCACCAGGGUGACCGGCCCCGCCUACUCACUCACCCGGAGGCCCAGUGAAGCAUCUCCUCAGGACGCCAGUCCAGGGCCCAUCUACUUCCUGGACCCGAAGGUCACCCGCUUUGGCCGCAGCGGCAGCCCUGCCUACUCCAUGCAGGGCCGGGGCAAGUCUCGGGGUCUGGAGGUGACGCCAGGCCCUGGGGCCUACAGCCCGGAGAAGGUGCCCCCUGUGCGCCAGCGGAACCCCCCAGCAUUCACCCUUGGCUUGCGCCUGUACCCUAAGGCCCCUGACAGCUCGGCCCCAGCCCCUAAUGCCUACACCAUGCCGCCGCUCUGGGGCUCACAGAUCUUGGUCAAACCCAGGAGCCCCAGCUAUACGGUGGUGGGCCGCACGCCCCCUGCCUGCCUCCCACAGGACCCUGCCAAGUUCCCAGGCCCUGGCCAGUACGACAGCCCAGACCCCAACGCCUACCGCCAACGCCGGCCAGCCUUCACCAUGCUGGGCCGGCCCUGUGCCCCACAGCUCCUGGAGGAGACGCCUGGGCCUGGCAGCCACAGCCCCGAGCGGGUCACUGUGAACAGAGCCAGGGCCCCUGCCUACAGCAUGGGUACCCGCCACUCAAAGCGGGCCUCCGCAGGAAACAGGGUGCUGCGGGGGACUCAGGGCAGCCACAGGGCACAUGGUGCCUCCUCCUCCCCUGCUGCUGUCUGAGGUCUCUCCGGGUGCCGCCUGGCCCUCCAUCCCCGAGGCCACGCCCCAAGGCCCUGUGUAGCGCCCCAGUUUCUCUUCUCCCGGUCACAGCAGGCCAGGGCAGGCAGGCAAUGCUCCUUUUCCUGGCCGGCGAUGGAGCUUCCUGUGUCCUGGAACUUGGUGUCCAGCCCCACCGGGCCCCGAUUCCCGCACAGCUCUGGUUUCUGCCAAGCUUGGGUUCAUCCCUGCUUCUCAUAGUGUGGCUCAUGGAGGUCCCUGCCCACCACCCCGUAGAGUUGCUGCCAAUAAACCUCCAACGCCAACAGCUGUGAGCAGCCCUCAU